ACAAAUAGUUCGCUGUCAUGUUGGAAACCGUCAAAAUAUUUUUUUCUUCCUUGAUUCUCCUCUAGUUUUAAAAAGCAUAUUUUUUAUUAAAUUAGGCCGAUUUGAAAUUUGUAAUUCAAUUCUCUCACUGGUGUAGAAGAUCGCGGUUUAUGGAACGAAUUUGUGAUAAGAGUGAGCAGCAAUAGGUUUUAUUUUUACGAAAAGUUCCAAUGUAUAGCCAGGAAUGAUAUGCUGUUUGUUGAUAAGUUUUAGCCUGCUCAUUGGUUGUUAACGGGUGUUUUGCACUAAGCUGGUAAUGACGUGUUAUUUUUUGGUCGAUCAUCAGCAAAAGCAACAACGACGACAACGAAGGCGAACAAUAUUGGUUCCUUAUGAGUACACUAACACCAGCCAACAGGCAAACAACAGACGAGCUCAGUUUUACGUCAGAAACAGUAACCGAAGAGCAGUACAAUAUUCGUCGUCGAAUCAGUUCCAGUAUCCAACCGUGGGAAAAACAAUUCUACUCACCCGAUUCACCGAGGUCACCAUUUAGUGGGAAUGCCCUGGUUGGAGAAGCAAAAGAAGAAGACACGUCGCCAGAGUUGACAAAAUCUGAUGAUGGUAGUCUAUGCUGUGUUCAACAGCAGCAAGAAAAUGCAACAGACGACGUGGAACAUGAACAAGACUUCUCGAGAGAUGUUGGUCUAAAAUAUCAUUACGACAGUGGAGGAAACCAAAAUAUUAUCGAUAAUCAUUCAACUCGAAGACAUAGUCGGAUCAGUAUGAUAAUCAUCUACGGCCGGGAAGCAUUAUGCAUUCUUGCACUGAUACUUACGACCUACGCUUCCAUACAGAACAGUCACCCCAGAAUAUCUAAAGCACCAUCACCGAAACCGUUCUUCUCCCGUGGAUCCCUGGUCCACGAUUGGCCUUCAGGAGCUUUGGGUCCGACACAGACACGCGUUUCCCAAUCAGAGCUAUCGUUUGUAUUCUACUACGCCCCGUGGUGCGCUGAAAGUCAACAUGCUCGAUCGGUUUACGAGAACGUCUCACGGUUGUACUAUCGCGAGGCGCACUUCGCCGCCAUUAACUGCUGGCAACCGGGUGGCGAGUGUCGUUUGCAGUACUCGAAAGUGCCAUCGUGGCCCGUGCUCAUGGCAUAUCAACCGAACGGACUAGCCGUGCAGUACCAUCAGGCAUGGACUGAUGCAGCACUAGGACGAUUUGUGCAGUCGCUGAUUACACCACUUCAACGGUUAACCGAGCCCGGCGAUCUGAUGAGCUUUAUGUCCGGGAAGGAUGCGGUUGUAGUAGCGUUUUUAGAUAUCGACGAAACUCCAAAACUGUAUAGCCGAUUUUAUAAAACUGCAAUGAAAUGGUUGGAAAAAGAUCCGUUCCAAGAAGUGGCAUUUGGAAUCGUCACCGGAGAGUCUACCAAUGCGUUCGGGAUCGAUGAAAUUCCGUCGAUACGACUAUACCUCUGGAAUGAAACGAUGGAAUUCAGUGGGAAUAAUUCGUGGACUACACUGGAACUCACAACAUGGAUCAGCAAACAUAUCCAGGUAGUUUCGAUGUGGAUUGCACCUCCGGGUGCCACUAAAUCAUCGUCUUUGGCUCCCUACUUUAAUCAGGGACCAGUAUUGUUCUACUUCACACCACGCUCAUUGUACGGCACUUCUUCGGAUGCAUAUAUGCUACUGCGUCAACUGGGAAUGCAAUAUUACAAUUGUCGUGACGAUAUUUGGGUAGAAGAAAUGGCCAAACGGUACAUUACCGAACAACGGCGCGUCUAUGCCGAAACGUACGUUCAGUUUAAAAAAAAAUGUGAAAUAAUGCUUAGGCGCCAUCGCUCACAGGAAAGUGAGGAUAUUAGUGAAGGGAAAGAUGGAUGCGGGUCGGAUAGCAAGUCAACGAUUGCGGUUUCUUUCGUGAAUGUUCUAAAUUCGUCAAAGUUUACUGAAGGACGACAAAAAGGUCGUUCACUUGGUGGGGGACCAAGCGAUUAUUGUGAAAUUGGGCGUACCAAGUGCGAUGAACGGUUUUACGAGUGCCCAGUGGUUAUGGUAGAAGAUUCUGUAGACGUAACCGAUAACAGUUGUGCAAAGGGAAAACGAAAACAUUCCAGUUUUUUGGCUUCUCAUAAACACGACAGUCAGACGAAGAAGCAUGUGACUUCUAUGCUGGAUUCAGAUCAGGAUUACCGCGGCACAAAACUACUUCGGAAAGAUUAUCUGCGCAGACAGUGUGAAUUCCUAAAAAUUAGUGAGCUAGACAAUAACGAAAUCUUCUUCCAAAACCCCUCGUCGCAGGAAGAUAGUUAUGUCGAUUUGAUUAGAGGCUUGUCGUGUAAGUACAACAAAACAUUGACCUUUCUGGGAAUGGACAGUGCACUGUAUCAUGCUUUUGCCGAGAGACUUGGUGUGGAUGUACUGAACAAGCCCAACAGAUCGGUGGUAAUGAUUGUUGAUCACGAGGAUGAAUCAACUUAUCUUUUGCGAGAGGAAAUCAGUUUGGCUUCGAUGGCGAAAUUCGUUCAUGAUUUCUACAAUCGAACCUAUCCACGUUUUCUACGGACAAACAAUGUAUCUUUUAAGAAUACGCAUUCGUUCAACACCAGUGAAAUUCGCAAGGAAAGUAAGCGGGUAAUGACGGCGAAGAAAGCGGAUGCGGCAUCUAAAAGCACUAGUGGACAGCAUAAUAAGACGCAGGCGAAGGAUUCUCAAGGUGUAACUAGUGAUGAACAACCGUUACAGUAUCAUUUCACGCGAGAGAUCAAUUCUCAUAAUUUUUAUAAUGCUGUAAUAAACUCAAAUAAGACUGUCAUCGUUCAUUUCUAUUCAACUCAAUGUGCCUUCUGCAGCGUGUUAUCCCAGCAUCUACUAACCGUAUCAAGAAUGCUUCAACAACAGCCACGUUUGGAUUUUGUUCGCAUCGAUGGCGACAAAAAUGAUCUGCAGUGGGAGUACACUAUGGAUGCAUUUCCUACACUCAUUGUUUUUCCUAGUCAACGGAAAUCCGAAAGCCGCAUGUUCUCACGUGAUCUUCAAAUGACAGUCCCAAACUUAUUGGGAUUCAUCUUUGCCAAUUUGAAUCCUCCGGAACGGAUCCACGCAAACUAUCUGAUUUGCGACGAGGUGCAGCAUUCACCAUCUCGUGAGGAAUGCUUGCUCACAAUUAAGGGAGAGCUUAGCGAUAGUAUAUCUUUGAGCCUUCGUCAGUAUCGACUAACUGCAAGUCGCCCAUCCCGGGCUGCUCACGUUCUGCGCCGGUUGCAGGUUUUGCAAGAGUUCUAUCUCAACACGCUAAGAUGUCUAAGCCAUUCCUGUGAUUUUAGUCGGUUAAAAAGCAGUGCUAAAACAAUUCUUUCCAUGUGGCGAAUUUCGGUUUAGAACCAAUUGAUUGGAUUUAGGGAAAAAACAGUUUCCUUGUUCCUGGAAAUGCGAUUGAGAUGUAGAUAUUAUUAUUUGUAAAAACAUUUAUUGUAUGAAUUUAUUAUUCUUCAGAAAAUCACUAAAUAGUUUCUGUUCUUUUAUUACAUUCUUGUUCCUUCCUUGAAUAGAUUGCAUUUCAAAUUUUAUAAAUAUUAAAAUAUUCUACUACAAACGAUAGAGAUCUCGUAGUGAAUGUCUCCUUUAAAUUCAUAACAAACAGGAUUUGAAACAAAAUAUUCAAAUCGUAUGCAAUCUACUUUCAAAUUAUUAUUUUUGAUAGUGAUAAUUAAAACAGUUUUAGGCUAAAUAAAAUAAUUUAUUGAAGUCGUUGAACAGAAAAGCAGCGUUAUCCUCCAACUGCUAUAAUAUAUUUUCAUUUUGAGUUAUAAUAUCGUA